AUGAGCUGGAGAGUCGACGGAGAAGGCGUGCUGAGCCGAGAGCGCGGCCCGGGCGCAAAGGCCCAGGAGGAGAAGGAGGCUUGGGGAGCGCAUGAUGCUCCUGUGACUGGAUGGGAGGUUCUGGUCUCUCAACGUCUCUCUGUCGCAGGGUCGCGUGCAAUAUUCUACUGGCUCACCAAGUCUCCUUCAAUCAGUAGUACUUUCCUGGUCCUCACGAUGAUUGUUCUCGCAGUUUUGGCUUGUAUCGAGAAAGUCAGUUCUAUUGCGAAUCUCGUUUCUGUCGAGGAAGAUUGGGUAGUGGUGGUCGCCGGCGACGACUCGUCAACUCUCGCCGCACUCAACUCCCAAAUGCGGCAUAUCGACCUGGUCUGCAAGCUAUUGGGACCGCUAUCCAUCGCCCUCUUAGACGGGGAUUCAACGAAAGUCGCCAUCGGCAUCAACCUUCUCAUGAACAUUACUUCGGUCCUAGUAGAAUACUUUGCCAUCGCCCAAGUAUAUUCUCGGGACGACGACCGACUGAAAUUACCGAAGUCGGUUACCUCGGCCUCCCGACGUCCGGCGAGCAAAACGAAACGUCCUCACCCACUCUCAACAAAAAUUCGAGCGGUCUGCGGCAGUUCUCCUCCAACUCCACUGGUACAAGACCAACCCCGACCGCGCCCCCUCCCUCGCCGGCUCGUCUUUGCCAUUUACUCGGAACGGCCCUUUGUUGCUGCUAGCGGCUUGGUCGUCAGGACUAUCCUCAGCCACCUGGGCCUCCGAACGUUGGACUCUUGUACCCAAAUCAUCGUGCAAGAAUUGAGUCUUGUUCUUGAAGUCGAGCCCGAAAUCAGAGGCAUCUUCUCCUCCAUCGAAUCCGCCUGGCAAAACGCAUUCGAACUACUCACCUACACCUCCACCAUCAUCUUUCUCCGCCCCGACCAGUUCCAUUAUCCCGUUUGGCUCUCGGUCGGGGCGGUGGCGACUGCUAUAUUACUGUUUAGCAAUUUUGUGUGGCAUCGCCGGGGACAUCUGUUGCAUCCGGAGAAGACGGCGGGUAUUUGUGGGUGUCAUGAGAGAUGA